GAUAACGAUAAUACAGAUUACACACGGUAAGGCGAGUUUGUUGUAGUGCUCGCUAGUCAGUCGUCGUCAAUAACGAAUAAAUAACGAUUCGGUAUUCGGCACUUCAGCUUCGACGAAAAAAUAAGUUAAAUCAUCGGAAUACCCAAGCCCGAAAGUCGGUUCCGCAGUACCUGUUAAUGUAUUCAAUUAUUGUUAUUACCCAGUCAGUUUAAAUUUUUAAUCAUUAGCAUACAGGUGCGUUAAAAUCAAAUCAGUUAUUUAAUCAUCACCUGAUUCGAGAACAAUCGACGGUGCACCCUCUUCGAUCAGUGCUUGUCGCAUAUUUUAUUUAAUGGCAUAAAACACCUAUACCGGAAAACAACUAUGACGUCUGAAAUUAAAGCGGCUAUUGAACAAAACGAUUUCCAACGAGUAAAAGUCUUGGUCGAAGCCAUCGUUGAACAGCACACAAACACAUUUAAUUUUGACACCUAUCACGCUGACAAUACUUUCAAACAGUUAUGGGAAUCCAUGUUCCUAUGUUUGGCGGCCGACGGUUACAAAUGUAUUCACAAACAAUGUUUAACGUGCAUUCGGCUUCUGAGCCGAGACAAAACACAUUUAAAAGAAAUUAUAAUUGAACAACACGUAAACAUUCUGCUUCAGUGUGCUAAUCUUGUCGAAGAAACGUUGUGCAUAGUAAUUACAUCUGAAAAUACAGAUGUUAUCGUAGAAGGCCUGAAGUGUCUGUGUAAUAUUGUUUAUAAUUGUGACACUGCACAAGAAGUAUGCUGUUCGAAUAACACUGUCGAUUGCAUUGUGCUCAGACUAAGAACAUAUUUUGAACAGAAUAUUCCGUAUGUCAUCAAAUAUUUUGACAUCAAACUUUUAUUUCUUUUAACAGCAUUUAACAAGGACAUAAGGUACACUUUUAAUGCAUUUUUAAUUUUAAUUCUUUUUUCUUUUUUUUGUGUGUAUUUAGGUACUAACUAUUUUAUUUUAGAUUAAAAAUCACAGAAGAGU